UCAUGAACAUGAACAGGGCCGGCCUGGGCCUGUGCUGGCAGGCCCGCCAGCACAAGGCCUCACACUUGUUGGGGCCUCCAUCAAAUUCAAGAAGAAUAAGUAGUAGUUGUAAUAAUUGGACUUAUUAUAUUACACUCGUUAGUCGUUACUUUCAUAUGGGCCACGGGAAAUACUGGGCCAAAAGUGAAAAGAUCUAAUUAAAUUGCUAUGAGAUUUUUUCAAUAAUAGCACCCUGUAAAAAAAAUUACAAAAAUAGCACUCAGCCCACACAAAUUCCAAAACUAGCAUUUUUUUUUCAAAAUCGCACGGUCAUGGUGCGUUUUACGUAGAAACCGCACAAUGAGGGAGCGGUGAUCGCUAGGGCAUCCCCAAAAUCGCACAUUGAUGAGGCGGUCAUCAUUCCCGACGCGGCGGUCCCCAGCACCGUUGGAUUAGACGGCGAUCCAAUGGCCAACCACAUGCCCCUUGAGAAUGCGGUUUGUGUUAGAGAAACAGAACCGCAGCCUCACCAAGCAGUUCUGCUAGAUCAGCCUAAGAACCGCCUGGCCAAGAUGCGGUUAUGUUAUGUCAGAAUAAUAACCGCUUGGCCAAGAUGCGGGUUUGUCCCAUAAACUCAAACCGCUAACGCACGACCAAGGUGCGAUUUUGAAAAAAAAGUGCUAGUUUUGGAAUUUGUGUGGGCUAGGUGCUUUUUUUUUUAAUUGUGCUAUUUCUGGAAAAAUCUUAAUUGAUAUCCUCAAGCUGAGUAUCAAGAAAGUGAAAAUAAACUAAGUCCUAAGAAGAGUCAUGCCAUGAGAUCACGUCUCACGACCACGCCGCAGCGAGGAAGCGACCACGUGGUCGCAUCAUGAGAGUACCACGACCCCUUCGUGAGACAACCACGAGCUUAUCACAAGACUAGUCGGCAUGAGAUUUGAAACAAGAUCAGGCGAAGCAAGCUAUACUGUAAGACACGUGAUGCUUCCGUGAAAAGGCACCUAGGUAGUUGAGAGAGAAACUGCUACUCAUUCCACGUUCAACGACAUGUCAGCUACAUCCGAGUUAGAGGGAAGCAAUCAAAUUUAAAAUAUUUAACGAAUUUUAGUGACAAAUGUAAAACUAUUUAUCAAUUCCAACAACCAAACUUUCAUUUUAACCUAUAAAAUUUGAACGUCGCAUCAAUCCUCUGCAGGGAAAGACGUACGAGGAGAAAAUAUAUAACCUAACAACUGCGUGAUUCACAUUUUCCGAGUGAUCGGCAAUUCGGCAUCAAUCCUCCGUAGGGAAAAGACAAGGAGAAAACAUAUAACAUGACACGUCGCAUCAAUCCACUUGACAUAUAUGCACAUGGCCAGACUCAAUGGGAUCCACAUGCACAUGUUAAUUAUAUACACAUACAAAAAAACAUGGGGUUUCAGUUUCAGUACGUGAAUUAUCGCCUCUAUAAAUACCUACACAUAUAUCAGUAUUAGUUCACCCACAUCCACGUACAUCAUCAUUUCCAAACUUAACGCCGGAACUCAUGUCGUCGUCGGUCGCCUUUGCGAGUCAGCUUCCGAACAGAGCUGAAGGAGGAACAGCGCCGGCGUUUGGGUCUGCUGCUAACUAUCAUCCCACUUUGUGGGCUGAUGAUUUCCUCACCCUCAAGUUGGAGGAUGCCGAUUCAUCGACGAUCAAACUUGAACAUGAAGAGUUGAAAAAAGCAGUAAGAAAGAUGUUGAAUACUACAUCAACAAUGGAUCAUAAACUUGGAUUAAUCGACGUUGUCCAGCGAUUAGGCCUGAGUUAUCACUUCGAGAGUGAGAUUGAAGCCGAGUUAUCGAACAUGAUGAUCUCGUCUCCCGUUCCCGACUCCGUCGCUAAUGAUCUCAGCUCAGCUGCGCUCUGGUUCCGUCUCCUCAGACAACAAGGCUUCUAUGUCUCCACAGAUAUUUUGGAGAAUUUCAAGGACGGCGAAGGUAACUUCAAGACGUCGUCGCUGGUCUCCGACGUGCCAGCAAUGCUGAGCUUGUACGAGGCGUCGUUUCUGGCCGUACCGGGAGAAGAUGUCUUGGAUCAAGCAAGGGCCUUCACUACCCAAAACCUAAUCGGCUCGUCGUCAUCGGAGAUUGUGAGCUUUGCCCUAAACAGGCCCAUCCGAAAGCGCCUGCCGAGGUUAGAUGCGAGGCGUUUCAUCGACACCUACCAGGGGAACGAUUCGCUACUGAGGCUUGCGCAGCUGGACUUCAACAUCAUCCAGCAGCAGCAUCAGGAAGAGCUGCGUGGGAUCCAGGAGUGGUGGGGGAGUUUGGACGUGCCGACCAACUUCUGGUAUGCGAGGGACAGAAUUGUGGAGUGCUACUUUUGGAUCAUGGGAGUGUAUUUCGAGCCCAAAUACUGCGUGGCCAGGAGGCUGCUCACCAAGUUCAUAGCCAUCAUGUCUCUGACGGACGAUACUUACGAUAACUACGCUACUGCAGAACAACUGGAUGUUCUCACACAAGCCAUUGAGAGCUGGGACAACAAUCUCAUAAGUGGACUUCCAGGGCCCAUGAAGAUGCUUUACGGCUUAUAUGUGUACAUUUUCGACGAAUUCGAACAGGCGGUCUCAGGAGAAGGAAGGUCUUUCGGUGUACGUUACGCGAAGAGAGAACUAGACAGAGCGCUCAAGGCGUUCUUAAUGGAAGCUAAUUGGAGGGAUGCAAACUACUUCCCGACGCUAGAAGAGUACAUGGAAGUUUCGCUCGUCACCACCGCCUAUCCCUUGCUCGUAACCGUUUCGUUCCUCGGCAUGGCCGGCGCCGCGGAGGAGGACUUUCAGUGGAUCGCCGGGGAACCUCAAAUGCUCGUCGCCUCCUCCACCGUCUGCAGGCUGAUGGAUGACAUCGUCUCCAGCAAGUUGGAGCAAGAGAGGAAGCACAUCCCGUCGGCCGUGGAAUGUUACAUGGAGAAACACAAGGUGGCGGAGGAGGUGGUGGUGGAGCUGUUCAGGGAGCGGGUUGACAAUGCGUGGAAGGACAUAAACAAGGAGUUCUUAAGGCCAACGGCGGUGGCUGCGCCGCUGCUGGAUCGGAUUCUGAAUUUGACGAGGGCGAUUGAUGAGAUCUAUAAGGACGCUGACACCUACACCGACUCGUAUUUGCUCAAGAACCACGUCGUCUCCAUUCUCAAGGAACCAAUCUUCAUUGCUGCCUGAGGAGCAUUUACGUGUCCAGUUUCCCAAGUAGCCAUUAUUGACAGCCAAUAGUGACUUGGUGAAUCUUCUCAUUGGAUAGCACAGUGAGGCGAAUCGAGUAGAUAAAUCUUUGUUGAGCAUGGAAUUUGCCACGCUUUUUACUGUAUUUGGGUGGUUUCAACUUUCAAUUCCUGGCAGGCAAGUUUCAGAUUCAGGGGAGGAAGGUGCAC